AUAAAUGCAUGAUGGCAUCGUAACUGGUCUUUGCAUUGUUUCUCUCUCAUAUUUCAUGCUACAAUGUCGAUUUUCUAUCUUUUGCUGAGUAGACGACAUAAAAUUAUUUCAACGAUGGUUAAUCGAAAUUAUGCAAACUUCGACAGUGAUUUACGGAUAGCUUGAAAAUAAGCAGAGUGUGGAAAAAGUAAAGACACAUUCUUGACAGAUUUUUCCAUCAGAGAUCUGACAUGAACGCUGAGAGAACUUGUGUUAUCAUCGUCCUUUUCUCAAUGUGUCUAACCUUGGAGACACAAGCGCAAAAGAAUGGGUUCAGAGGAGGAUCGAAGUCAUACGAAAUUCACGUUGAGGCAAACACAAUGGGAACAAAUCUACAUUAUAAAUUGCCCGAGUCCAAGGUGAAGGCUGCUUCUAAAGAAGACUGGCAGGUGGAUAAUGAUAACGCUGAGAUGCUGGCCAUGAACAGCCCUGUUUUGGCUACAGUCAAUGUAAAACAUCCCAAGUUUAGUAUGAAAGGACAGUGGCCUGAGUAUAAGACAAGCUUCAAGCUGCCCAAAGAUGUAAGUGUGGCUUCGAAACGAGCGGACUUUUCGAAGCUUUUUAAAAGCAAAACGAAAGUACGAGAAACUGAUCCUGAUCAAAGUGACGAGGACUCUUCCAGGAAUGCAAAAGCCUCGAGAAAUCAUCGAGGUGAGAAACAACCUACGGGUUCUGGGAUAAGGUUAAAUAAUCUUGCAGGACAGUUGUUUUCUGGGAGAAAAGCAGGGAAGAAAAGGCCGCACAACAAAAGGCUGGACAUGUCACAAAUUACAAGGCUUCUCCUUCCAAUCGCAGGAAUGAAGAAUGUUAACCUUAGCAACCCUCGCGUUAGCAGUGCCAUGAAAGGGGUUAUCAAGCACGCCCGGAAAGUGGUAGAUGAGGCAAAAGCGGUGCUCAACGACGCCGCAAACUUUGUAACAAAGGUCCGAAAGCUUGUGAAAGUCACUAAAGAUCACUCAAAAAUACACAAGCAGCUCCACAGAGUUAUUGCCAUGGAAACGUCUUCUAAAAAGCAAAAUGAAGACAACCUUAACUCUGUGACUCCUAAUGUGGAGACCUCCUCUUUGUCAUCUAAGGAUCAAGGAACUGAAAGAGCGCGACUCAAAGUAGUGGAGGACGCCAACGGCAGACAAAAUGAGUUGAACCACAAAGAGUCAAGUAUGCAAAGAACUGUUGAUGGGCAAAAGCACAAUCAAAAAGAGAGAACACCAGGCAGACGAGAAAAUAAAGCAAGAAUUGGAACGAGUACCAAAGGUGUUGAGAAACGAUCAUCCUCAGAUUUUAUAAAAACAGCCGACCAAACAAAACUUGAAAGGAAAUCUCGCGUGCAUCGGAGAGGGCUGGCUGAGACACUGGAAAGCAUCUUGUCAACAAUUAACGACCUUCAAGGUCUUUCAGAACAUUAGUAAUGGCAGUUUUUCUUAUUUAAAGCCUAAAAUAUACGAAGGUGUUCUGUCUUCACUUUCCUCCGGAUAGCUAGUUGUGCUUCGACGGUGUGCACAUUGUGCUCCUCCAUUGUCCUCUCCCACCGCACACUUUCAAGGUUUGAAGCACUGCCAUCGUGUAAAUUUUCAGUAAUACCCUCCGCUAUGCUUGAAAAGGGCUCUUGAUUAAACUUACGAAAAUUAAGUUACACAAACUCUUCAUUAUAUUCUUUCUGUUCUGGUAAACAGAUACAAGAUCUGGAGGUAUCUAAAUAAAAUAUUUACAUUAGUUACUGUAAAGGAGACUGAAAACAAACAACAGCGUUUUUAGCAGGGAAUAACCUAAGACGCACUACCAUUUGGUAAAGACAUACACAAAUUGUAAGAUUUUUGAAGGUUGGUAAAUUUACAACAACACUU